UCCCUUACCUUACGACCAGUAUAUAGACAUAUAAGUAUGACAUUACUACACCAAAGUCGCCGAAAAGAAAAAUAUCAAACAAAGAAUAUUGAUCAUGGCCAAGUUAUCUUGUUCUUAUUUUCUUGUACUCAUGAUUGUAUUCUCAGUAUGUUUAAUGGUUGAAAAAAUUGAGGGAAAGAUAUGUGAAAUAACGCUUAAAGUAGGAACAGACUGUAUAAGGUUCUUUUGCGCUCAAGACUGCGCCGGGCAAUACUAUGGCGGGCUUGGAUAUUGUUUUGACGAUCCUAAAGUUCCCGGACCUCUUAACUGUCGUUGUAGAUAUGAUUGUUAAAGAGAUAACUUUAUGAAAAGUGGUGAUAAAUAUAUUAAAUAAAUGUAAGGUUUUUGAUCAAAAUAAAACCUAUGAAAUUCUAUAUUCUAUAAAAGAUAUCGAUUUAUAAUUAA